CAAACAUUGACUUCUUGAACAUUCGCAAAGCCCUCAAUUCAAUCGGGGAUAAAAUGCAGAGUCGACUCUAUCUCUCUCCAGUAUAAUACCAAACGGUAGGAAUCAUUGCGUAUUUCUGGUGAACUGUAGUUGAAUCAGUCGAGGAAUUGCAAUCCGUUAUUUUUCAAGUCAUCAUUGAGUGAAUAAUACUAUAGAAGAAUAAUGUUUUUGGUGGAUUGGUUCUAUGGAGUACUUGCAUCUCUAGGGCUAUGGCAAAAGGAGGCCAAAAUUCUCUUCUUAGGCCUUGAUAAUUCUGGCAAAACCACCCUCCUUCAUAUGCUUAAAGACGAGAGAUUGGUACAACACCAGCCAACCCAGUAUCCGACUUCAGAGGAGCUGAGUAUCGGGAAAAUCAAGUUCAAGGCUUUUGAUUUGGGAGGCCAUCAGAUUGCACGCCGAGUUUGGAAAGAUUAUUAUGCCAAGGUGGAUGCAGUUAUUUAUUUAGUGGAUGCUUAUGACAAGGAGAGGUUUGCAGAAUCAAAGAAAGAGCUGGAUGCUCUCCUUUCUGACGAUUCCUUGGCUAAUGUUCCGUUCUUGAUUUUGGGCAACAAGAUCGACAUCCCUUAUGCUGCCUCGGAAGAUGAGUUGCAGUACCACAUGGGCUUGACAGGCAUCACUACCGGUAAGGGGAAAGUAAAUUUGGCAGAUUCAAAUGUGCGGCCACUUGAGGUAUUUAUGUGCAGCAUUGUGCGUAAAAUGGGUUAUGGAGAGGGCUUCAAAUGGCUCUCUCAAUACAUCAAGUAGCGUGAAAGGAGAAUUGAUAUGUUUGCCUUUUACUGUCUAUAUAGUUAUGUUUUAUUAGACUUUAUGAGUUCAAAAUGUCUCUCUCAAAGCAUUGUAGGAUAAAUUUCUAACAAUUUACGCUUUUUACCGAAGUGAAAAAAAUAGUGGUCUUCUAGUUUGUCAUGGGUUAGUUAAGUGGUUGAAGUAUGGAGAAGUGUUUUUUGUCUUAUUGCCAUCUUCUUGAACAUGUUAUGUGUUAAUUAUGUACGAUGUAAUACUGUAAGUGCAAGGGUCGUGAACAAGUAAUAAAGUAAUUUGGAAUGUUGA